CGUCCUGUAGCUUCUGAGGCAGGACUGAAUUUUCUGGCUGUCAAGUGUCCAGAGUUAUUCAGCAAGUGGGUUGAUGAAUCUGAGAAGGCUGUUAGAUCUCUUUUUGCCAAAGCAAGAGCUAACGCGCCAUCAGUUAUAUUUUUUGAUGAAAUAGACAAUCUUGUUGUCAUCCGUGGAAAGGAAAGUGAUGGUGUUUCAGUUGCAGAUAGGGUCAUGAGUCAACUUUUGGUUGAAUUGGAUGGUCUACAUGGAAGAGUUAAUGUUACUGUUAUUGCUGCUACAAAUCGUCCUGACAAGAUUGAUCCUGCCCUUCUUAGACCAGGGUGGUUUGAUCGACUCCUAUAUGUUGGACCCCCUAGUGAAACAGAUCGUGUUGACGUAUUUCAUGUUCAUUUGCGUAAAAUGCCUUGCGGUUUUGAUGUUGAUGUAAGCGAGCUGGCUCAUCUCACUGAAGGUUGUACUGGUGCUGACAUAUCUUCGAUCUGCAGGGAAGCAGCAAUUUCAGCAAUUGAAGAGAACCUAAAUUGUUCAGAAGUAAAGAUGGAGCACUAAAAGACUGCAAUUCUUCGUGUACACCCAUCAGAGAUUCAACCUUAUCAAGAAUUGUCGGACAAGUUUCAGCGGCUUGUACAUUCCAAGUCUCCAUCAGAGGCAUGUGUACAUCAACUUAAUAGACCAAAGGAGUUAUCAUCUUGAUUAUUGAUGAUUCAAGUGGUAAUAGUAAAAUGUAGAUCAAGAGAUGAACACGUUAUCUUGAAGCUACGCUAGCAUAAAGAUAGGUUUACUUGGUAAUUAGUUUGUUCGUAGCCAGGAAGUUGUUUUUAUUUAGUUUUGGACUAUCUUGUAGAAAAAAUGAUAAUGCCAGUU